AAUCCAGUUUGGGUCGGUUCAGGAUUUGCACCUGGAGGCGUCCCAACUCUCCCUGCAACUCUCCAGUGUACGCCGGACCAUGCCUCCAUUGUCUUGUCCGAUGCAACCCUAAUCUAGCGGACGGAAAAAUUUACGCGUUUCUUUGCCAUCUUCGCCUUUCCACGGCGUCUCAACUCGCUCCGAAUUUUGUCGAAGCCUCUUAAUAAGGUUAAACAAAUGAAAGAUUCUCGUUCUACAGCGAAAUUCCCAAUUCCGAACGAAUCCCCCCUCUUCCUCUCCCUCGCCGCUUGCUUUCUCGUGUCCAUAAAAUCCCUAACUUGGUGGUUUCGUCGCAGAUAGAUCCCAACUCUCGAAGCUCGACGUCCGCCGAGUAUAAGGAGAAGAACCAAAGGGAUGGAUCCAAUUAUAAAUUCGUGACUUGAAGCGAAAACACAGUUCUUCCUCUGUAUUCUUGGUGGUAACCGAAACCCCUGAUCUAAAAAUGGCAGCAUCCAAUGAUGGGAACUCAUCCCCUCGAUCUCAGCUUGCUUCUCGUUGUUUCGAGGACUUGCUGGAUUCCAUCAUCGUGGAUGUGGCGUCAGAGUGCCACCGGAUAGCUAGGCUUGGCCUCGACCGUAACCUGGAAGAAGAGGAAGAGGAGCUGAGGCUCUCGGUGCAGGCCCGAGUUGCAGAUCCUAGCAGCAGCAGUGAAGCGAAUGGUAAGAAUAUUGUUGAUAUAUUUGGGCAGACGCAUCCCGCCAUUGCUGAUGAGAUCUUUGAGUGCAUGAACUGCGGGCGGCCAAUUGUGGCUGGGCGUUUCGCUCCGCACUUGGAGAAAUGCAUGGGAAAGGGUCGAAAGGCUCGAAAGGUUACGAGGAGCAGUACCAUUGCAAGGACCAGGCAUUCUCGUGGUAGUCCGGUAUCGGUCUAUGCUCCCUAUUCCAAUGCCACCAAUACCAACAGAGCUCCAAAUGGAACCACUGGUGGUGCUGGGGAGGAGUAUGCUGACUACACAUAUGGGGAGCCAUGAAGCUUCUGCCAAGCAUAACUCCUUUGUGCGGGUCUUCCAUGGGCUUCUUCUCCAACAUAGGAGCUGAAGAUGAUAUUAGCGUUGCUUUCUCUCUUUAUUUUGGAUAAAGGAAAGCUUAAAAUCAGCUACAUCUACACUCUGUCGGUGGAUGAACCGGAUGUAUCAAAAGCCAAAAGACUCCACGGAUUCUUUUUAUGAAACCCUUUGUACCUUACUUAUUAAAAAAAAAAAAACCUUUGUACCAUUCCUCAACGAACCAAAUGCUGCGACUUUGUUAAAGUGUAAGAGAAAGGGAAGGGGGCACCAGGAAGUAAUAGUAAAUACUAUAGUAUGUAUGUAUGUGUGUAUAUAUAUAUAUAUGUAUGGAUGUAAUGAUAGUAAAGGGAAACCUGACUUCUUUGGUCCCUCAACAUGAUUGCUUUACUGUGAAUAA